AUGCGCAAAAUAUCGCAGGACGCUGGCAAGCCGACGUUCCGACCGUUGUCGGAAACCCAGAGAAUCCGGCAACUCAUUCAGGAAAAACAAUUAAGUGUGGACGAGUUAAACACUAUAGCGAUAACAUUGAGAACUCAAAUCGAAGGACAGAUUUUGGAAAACUUUACCGUGGAGAGUAAAUACUUGAGCUAUGAGAGGCAAUUGCAGGACUUGAAAGACGAGACUCUGAGGUUAGAGAGCUAUGAGCUAUCGUCGAUGGACCAGUUGCGGAAAAAAAUCAAUGUAGAGUCCCAUGAAAUGAUGCUUGGUCACCAGCAGCAUUUGAACGCACGCAAGGAGGAGAUUUCCGCGCAGGUCGAUGAGAUGUUUGCCGAGAAGCAGAAACGGUACGACGACGAAAUUGAGAAACUAAAAAGGGAAAUUAGUUUGGAAAAAACGCGAGGUGACGAGCUCGAUGCCUGUUUGGAAAGAAGACUACACUCGUUUGAGCAACAACAAGCAAAGACAUCUGAAGAGUCUUCACGGAGUCUACGGGAUGAAAUGUGCAAGCAAGAAGAAGAAAUGGGGAAACUAACACAAUCAAUAACCAGUUUGGUGGAAAACUGUGCUUUCAUCCACGAACGCGAACUACCUAGUUUGCACCAGGAUCUUCGCAGAUACAACUCCAUCCUUCAUCAACUAACAGCCAAGAACUCAGAUAAACAACUUGAAUUGAGCAACCACGAAGAGCAAAUACGGCAAAGUAGGAAGCAGAUUGCUGAACUCGAAGCAGAGUCCAGAAACAGAAACGAAGAAGUGACUCGAAUGCAGUUUGAGAUAAAACGGAUGAAAACAGAAGUUAUUGGUCAAGAAUCCACACGAAGGAUCCUACACUCGCAACUUCAAGAGCUCAAGGGCAACAUUCGAGUGUUUUGUCGAGUACGAGCGGUGGAUUCUGGGUCCGACUUGAUAAACAUUGAACUUUCCGAUGAUGACUUGAACGAAGAAGGCAAGCAAGAAUUGACCAUCAAAAGAAAUGAGCAUCUAGGAGUAUCAAAUACCAACAGUUUGUUUAAAUUCCAGUUUGACAAGAUAUUCUCGAUGCAUCAAGGUAACCACUACAUUUUUGACGAGUACUCGCAACUCAUUCAAAGCUGCAUGGAUGGCUCAAACGUGUGCGUGUUUGCAUACGGUCAAACCGGAUCCGGCAAGACUUUUACCAUGUCCAAUCUAUCGGAUGGGAUGAUCCCCCUAUCAAUUAAAAAAAUCUUUGACGACAUUGAGGAACUUCGCCAACAAGGACAAUGGGCCUAUGAAGUCACGGGAAAAUUCGUCGAGAUUUACAAUGAAAACAUUAUUGAUUUGCUCAACCCACGAACCAACAUCAAGCACGAAAUCAAGCAUGACGACAUCAAUUGCAAAACUAGCAUCACCGACGUGACCAGCAUCGUGAUCACCUCGCCGGAGCAAGCUAACCAGAUACUAGAACGAGUCAACAACCGCAGAACCACAGCCGCGACCAAAUCAAAUGACAAGUCGUCGCGGUCGCACUCGAUAUUCAUCAUGGACGUCGUGGGCCGCAAUGAAGCCACGGGUGCUGCAACUUUUGGAACGCUCAAUUUAGUCGAUUUGGCAGGCUCCGAACGCAUCAACGUCUCCCAAGUGGAAGGAGAACGGCUAAGGGAGACGCAAGCAAUCAACAAGUCGCUUUCUUCGCUUGGCGACGUUAUCUCCUCGUUGAACUCAACUUCGGCAUCGCAUAUACCUUAUAGAAACUCCAAAUUGACUUAUUUAUUGAAGCAUAGCUUGGGCGGCAACUCCAAAACGUUGAUGUUUGUCAAUGUUUCGCCCUUGAGCGCGAAUUUCAACGAGACUAUCAAUUCGUUGAGGUUCGCCACGAAAGUGAAUAGCACCAAAUUGAGCCACCAAUGA